GACCCCAUCACAUCUCGUUCCCCUGUCUCCUGGUCAUUGUAUGACAUAUUGUACCAGCAGUCACUUGCGAAUGAUCAGGGCCGGCCCCUUCUCCAUAUCACAUCCCUCCUUAAGCCAAGAAAACAACCACGCCCGUGUACAUCUACUAUACCGACCGCCCUUACAACGUUCACAAGUCUCUCCGGAACCGAGCGCCUCACCCCAGCAUCGCACUUUGACUGGUAGCUGGAUCGACCAAUUUCGAAUGCAAUAUGCCUUAUAAUACUCGCCGCAAAUCCCUUUCCUUGACAUUGCUUGGGGUUCACGUCCCAGUCUCCCACGCCGAACGAGCCGCUGCCGCUGCUGCCGCAGCUGCUGAAGCUCCCUCUACGCACCAGAAUGUAGUAGAGAAGCGAUCAGGGGAAUCCAAAUUCACGACUGUCCCUAGUGCACGUCAUGCCAACAAAAGGGCCAAGCUGUCACACGGGAAAGGAAGCUGCGCAUUACCACUUUCCCCGACCUUCAGUAUGGCAACCUCAUUCGAAGACAACGCCACUAGCAAGUAUAAGCACACUCCACCACCGUCCCCGAAAAGAAGCCAAAGCAGGCUCGAACUGGACAAAGACAACAUAUCCAGUCGAUUGAUCGACCUUGAGGGCACCGAUGACAACGUUGUGGAGGCUGUGAUAUUGCAACUCCAAGCGACAUCAAAUCGACCUCAUCUCGUGAAAGAACUUGCCCCUAUCCUCGCCGAGAGCCUCUCCGUUGUUCAACACUCGGCGAACCCAUGCGCCCUCAUAUCUGCUCGAUUAGCCUCAUAUCUCAAGCGCCCAUGCUGGUCUGCUUUGGCGCCCUGCCCACUAGCCAAGGAACUUGAGUCUUCGCAUUUACGCCGAAGCUACUAUCAUCUCACAACAUGCGCCCGCAAGCCGUUACCUCCUAUGACUGCCCUCAAGCUUCGUUCUCGGGUUGCCAUAUCUCCUUCGAUCUCGAGUACCGGGUCUCUCUCUGGCGACGACGACGAUGCGCAUCGACGUGAGUUGAGUCCUUCGCCAGAGGUCGAUCUUUCGCCCGACUUUGAUGACAUGGUCGAUGAUAUGAAUGUCCCAGUCACGCCCAUUGGGUCUUUUUCGAAGACUUUUCGGAUGCCCCGCUCCAUCAGAAGCGCAUCCCCCCCUUUGGAGAAAGACGAGAGAGAAUUUACUCAAACGGCAGACGGACUUCAUAAGCGCAAGCUGUCUGGCGAAUCAUUACCAGGCUGUGGAGAGCAUGUCCAAGCCGAUGACCUUGCUCGGGAUGACCUGUUUGGAGACAGAUCAUACAUCGCCGCUGGGUCAACAGUGUCUAUGAACUUCAUCGCCAGUCCGGCAUUCCGAGCGACUUACCCACCAUCGAGCACUAGAAAAGACACAGAAGAUAACUGGCUGAAGUUUGGCAAAUCGCUCGAGUGGGACCACAAGCCCGAGGACAUUGAGCUUGAUGAGCUUGAUUGUUUGCUUGAUGCCUGCUGAGCACAGCGACCUUCGUCGAAAUGCCCCGACUGGUGAUAUGAUGGAUACUCAUUUGUAUUUAUGGUUUUGUAGUGUACAAUAUGAGGCUGUGGACGCAGCCUAGGCCUACGUUGAGAUGAAGCAAUGAUAAAGCAACGAAGACAUCUCCUUUCAAACCCCCAUUCAGCAUUCCAGCAUGAAACUCUUCUUCCGGCAUACUCUCGAGAGUGCGUUUACGGUUGUCAUGGAUCGUGCGAUGGCUCGCUGCCAUUGGGUGAGUCCACAGCUAGCUCAAUCCAUACCGUAGUGCCCAAUUGCGUGAUGAAGGGUCUUUCCAGUCGUACGAUCCUGAGACCUGGUGUUAACUUAGCUGCGCUUUCGAUGAUUCCGACAAUGUCUCUAUUCCACCAGCAACCAUACUUGCGGUAGUGUGCAAGCGCAGACCAGUCAAGAAGGGUAUUGACAAGUCGCCACCAUCCACGACCAUGCUCAACAAGUAUGAUCCUACCAGUUCCAAGCUUGACGGCGCUUGCCAAGUUGGAUAAGACCUUUUCGGGAUCUGACACACUACAUAGACCAAAUGUCUGGACAACUGUAUCGUAUUUUUGGUCGUUGCAGACUGUCGGCUCUGGCGGCGGGAGUAAACCCUGAAUAUCACACUGUGCGACUCUGAUCUUUCCGCCAAAAUAUGCGAAUUCUCGCCAUCCACUACCUGAUGAUGUCGUGCGGGCUGAUACGGUUGGAGUCAUGUCGAUCAUGCCAGGAACGGCCAUUGGUAGCUUGUCAAUGGCAACCCCUAGCAUAUCUGCCGAUAUGUCAACACCUGUAAAAGAAAGUAUAGCUUGCUGCGGGGCAUCUGGCUUCUCUGGCGCCAUAUUAUUUUGCGAAGGGACUAUACUGCUCCAGUCAUAGAAGGCCAAGUUGCGCCCAGUCCCAAGCGCCACCUCGAGGACAUGGCCCAUGGCAAGUCGACCUAUAUCUUUCCGCAGUGAUAUAAUACCCAUGGCCUCUUCAGACGCAUCGAGGCUGGAGUCGAACUGGCGAGCAGAUUCGCGAGUGAAUUGGGGUGGCCGACCAGUCGGAGAAGCUUCGAGAUCUGCUGAGGGUUCACCCGCAAACGACGAUAUCAUCAUGCUGACAUAUAUACCACCGCCAAGCGCAACCACCCCAGCGGCGAGCAGUGGGUAUUUCCUAGCUUUGAAGAUGGCGUCGGCGGUAUCGUAUCCUGAGGGUUCUGGUCUGGAAAGGCUAAUUCUUUAAAAAUUAGUGUUUUCAAGGUACACAUUAUCAGCAAGCGGUGCCAACCUGGUCGUAGCAUUUUGCCUCGGGUGCGUUCUCCGGCUUAACGGCCGUGACGCGAGGGUAGUAGAGGAUUCCGCCGUUCUUCUUGAUUCAUUCGCUCCAAGAAAUGCGCGCGAGUAAUGGAGACCGCGCCGCAAUCUUGAAAUGCAU